AUGGAAGCUCUAACAAGCAGCUUGUCUACCAACAUCCUAACAAGAAACAUUAACAAAACUGUGUCACCUUCCUCAAUGAUUACUCUGCUCGGACGAUCUGAUUUUGGCUUUUCAAGGUCUCCAACUUUCAGGGGACUAGAUUUCCAUAACUCCGGUGGAACAAUCGCUAAAUCUCAUGUGGCCCAUGAUGCUGCAGAGGUUUUAAUGAGCAUGGAAAAUGCAAUCGCUGGCUUUCCAAACAUAAAGUCAUCAAAAACCAUGCAUGUGAAAUUCCAACUGCAAAAGAAGUGCAUGUUCGGAGAGCAGUUUAUGUUGGUGGGUGAUGAUCAGGUGCUUGGUUUCUGGAAUCCUGCAAAUGCUAUUCCCAUGAACUGGUCAGAUGGGCACAUUUGGAAUGUCAAGCUAGAUAUUCCAAUGGACUCGACAAUUCAGUUCAAGUUUAUACUCAAACAACGUACAGGAGAAAUGAUUUGGCAACCUGGACCUGACAGAAUUUUCAAGAGUUGGGAGAGCGGAACAAGUAUAAUUGUAUCAGAAGAUUGGAAAAAUCCUGAAGCUCAAAAAAUCAUGGAAGAGCGAGUUUACGAGUUGGUGAAUCCAGAUUUGAUAAACACGGUUGAGGGAUAUGUUAUUAAUCAAAGUGGAGAACUAUUGCCAAAUAUAAACAAUGAUAUAACUUUUUCAGGUAAUGUUGCCUAUCCAGAAGAAAAAUUAAGUGUUGAUGCUGAGUUCUUAAAAGAGGGGCCACCAAAGGAAAAUAACUCAGGAACAUUAACCGGCAAUAAUGGAGAAGGGAAUGUGCUUGUACCUGGUACUGCACCAUUACUAGCAGACGAACUCGGAUCCACCAUUGCUGACUCACCUGUUUGGAGUUGCUGAUGCACCACAUAUGCGAUAGAAGAGCCUGAAAUAAGCAGAAUGUCAUUUGUCUUUUUUCUUUUUCUGUUUUUUAGUAAGAUCCAUGCACCCUGUUUCAGAUGCAAUGUUUUAGCAUGAAAUGUAUAAAUAUGGAUCUUGUUUGGUGUUUU